AUGAGUAGAGGUGGGAGCUAUGGAGGUGGUCAGAGCUCCUUGGGCUACCUUUUUGGCACUGAUGAUCCCCAACAAAGUACUGCACCUCCCACCACGCCAAAGGUUUACGCACCACCAUAUGGAAUCGAUACAGAGAAGCCACCACUACCUCCCCCCCCUCCUCCUCCCAAGGAAGAAAAUGUCUCCAACAAUUAUCACAGAUCUCAAGGCCAGAAUUCAGGAAACUUCAUUACUGGUCGUCCAUCAACCAAGGUUAAAUCCGUUCCAGGUGGAGAUUCAUCUCUCGGGUACUUGUUUGGAGAUAAGUGA